GAAUAGUUUCUCUGUUUCCAUGAUUCGGCGAGGAUUUUUUUUCAGUUCCCUUCAGCAGUAUAGUUAUAUUCACCCUGACUUAAAAGGGUAGGCAGAAAAUAAGUUUUUGCAGCACUGCCAAAAAAUUUCAACUGCCUUGCUCACGAUGAUAAAAAACGUCAAACAAACACCAACUAGUAAACAAAAACUUUACAGCUGUAAGAUCUUGAUGAUAGAAUUUUGAUAAACGAAAAAUAAUUAGCAAAAUUCUCAAUUUACCUUGAUUUUUGUAAGUGCAAAUCAAUACUAUAAGUUGGUGCUUGGCGUGUGUAUUCAGCGUGAAUCAACUAGAUAAUGGAUUCCGCUCCAGAGAAGCUGAAACGUCCGACACCAGUGAAUGCGUCGGACAGUGACGAGGAAAGAUUCGAGAAUGCAUCGAGCAAAGGAUUCAACGAAGCAGCGGUGGACGAAGUCAUCGAACAAGUCACCGGUGUACAUAUAGGCAACUCACCACGAGUGGAUACUUCGGCACCAUCGGAACAGACGGAGAAGUUCGUGGACUGUCGUAGUGAUUGCGGGAGUGACGGCGAAGAAACUGUAGGAAAAGAGUUGAAAUCAGGUCACACAGAGGAUGAUUUUGUGGAUGACGAGUCUCAGCGGGACUUCGAAAAGGCCCUGACCGAAGAAGAAAAGCAAGCUAAUAAGUUGAAAGCGGAUGAGCUGAAAAAUGAAGGCAAUGAUUUGUUCAGAAAGGGAGAUUUUGAAAAGUCGGCGAAUGUUUACACGGGGGCAUUGCGGAUUUGUCCCGUCGAAUAUUCGACGGAGCGAUCGAUUCUGUACGCGAAUCGUGCUGCCGCCAAAACUAAACUUAACUAUAAGCCCUCUGCCAUCGAGGACUGUACCAAAGCUCUGGAACAUAAUCCCAACUACCUGAAGGCACUGCUAAGACGUGCUGCACUGUACGAGGAGCAGGACAAGCUGGACGAGAGCUUGGAGGAUUCCAAAAAAAUCCUAGAACUGGAUCCUUCUAACGUUGAAGCGAGAGCGGCUCAAACUCGCCUGGCACCGAAAAUAGAGGAACGCAACGAACGCCUCAAGCAGGAAAUGAUGAGUAAGUUGAAGGACCUAGGCAAUAUGAUAUUGCGACCUUUCGGGCUGUCAACGCAGAACUUCGAGAUGAAACAGGAUUCCAGCGGUUCCUAUUCGAUAAAUUUCAAGAAUAAAUAGCACCGUAAUUCGCUGAGCGAGCGUUGUGAUAAGUAAAUGUAAAUGCGAUGCUUCAUUUGUUUUUUUCGUUGAAUAUGAGUCGGAUGCAAUAACACGAAAAUCGA